AUGUGGCGAAAUCCAUGGAGACUUGAACGAGGAAAUCUGAGCAUUGGCUUGUUUUAUGGUUUAAGAAGUUUUUGUUCGUGGAAAAAUGCCAGGUUGCAAUGUGAAUUAUCAAGAGGUACGUUAUCGUAGAGUCAGGGUUAUUUCAAAGACGAAUAUGUAAAACUCAAAACCAAAACACACCAAACUGGAAUGUAAUGAAAUGGAAAAUCUCUUGCUGUCUGCAAAUUGAAAUCAGCUGUAAAAGACCAUUCAUAAAGAAAACUAGACUUUAGAAUCUGCAUGAGUGUUCUGGGUUCUGGUCCGGGUAGUGGCCCUGUGUACUUUUUGAAAUGAAAUAAAACAAACUAGAGUGAAAUGAAAUGGAAAAUCUCUACUUUGCAGAAUGGAAACCUCUUGUUGUUUGCAAAAGGGAAUUGACUGAAAAAGAUCACUCACAAUUUUGACUCAAGUCCUUGUUCAAAUGUCGCAAAUUGUUCUUGCUCAUCAUUUUGCUUUACAUUCUGCACAUAAUUAUGGUGUAAAAGUCUUUUUUUUCUCAAAAUCAGUUUUGCAAGGUCCAAAGUCUUGGCAUGAGAUUUUUGUCUCACUCUCCAUUCUCACUCUCACUCCAGAUCUUAUGUUUAACUGCUCUUGUUCUUGACCUGUGCCAAAAUACAGGCUGUUUUGCAGUCUACAUCUAUUUGGGCCUUGCACUUUUCCUUUUCUCUUAAAGUCAAUAAUUUUAUUUCGUUUUGCAAUGCAUUAUACACAGGAUUUUUCUUCUGUCAAAGAAUUAAGACCUUUAGAAGGUUUUCAAGCCAUUCAGGAAAUGAAGAUUUCUCAGAUGAUUCUAACAAGGCAAUCAGUAAGAAAGCUACCAACAAAGGUAUUAUAUCAAGUUGCUUCCAGGGGUGCAGUAGCCAGCCUUUUCGCGAGAGUUGGCGAAAGGGAAAGAAAGUGCUAAACUAUCUAAAUUUAGGUCACUCUUGAAAGAAAGUUCAUGUAUACCACAGUACCUCCAGAGGCAUGUGCAUAUCAUAUGUACAAAAACAUUUCAGGAAAACUUAUGGGUGUUUUUGCUUGGCUUGUUUUUAUUAAAGAUUAAGAUGAAAAUCACUUUUAAUCAUUUUGUUAUUGAAUUUAGGUCCUUCCAUGUAGCAGUUACUUGGCAGGCAAAAUUUACACUUCUCUUCUGCAGGAUUGAACUUUGCUUUAACACUUUGUUAGUCAGAGUAAUUUGUAUGUGUCACCUUUCCCAAAUUCACAGACAUGAAUUUUUCACAGUCCUUAUUUAUUAUGAUCAACUGUUUGAUGUAAAAAUCAUAAUAAGUUGUUUAAGGGUUCCUGAGUUAGAAAAAUAUACAUAUCACUCACCACAUUUUGUUCUGUUAUUUUUGUGUUACACUAUUAGGUGAACGAUCAAAAAGGCUCUUCAAGAUGCCAGCAGGUGACGUGAAUUAUAACAGAAAGUAUUAUCAAAAUACCUUCCUUUCAGCGACCCGAGCUAUGAGUGACUAUCUCCUAAAACCAAGGUACCAAUAGGCUGAUCUUUGUGAGAUUAAUCAAACAAUUCACAUUUUUUAUGCAACAUUUUGCAUGAUUAAUUAAUUUUAACCUACAGUAAUCAUUAAUCAACGCCAGUUGACGUAUCAGUUGAGUAUACUGUCAUAAAGGUUGUGUUGAUAAAAGUGAUAGGAGGUCCACAGAAGUUGCUGCUGUGAGUGAGAGUGUUGGUUCUUUUAUGCUGAUAAUAUAUUGACCAUGCAGUACAUUUGUGCCUGAGUGUGGAUUCAGUCCACUCUAAAAAUACCGCAGUCACAUGCAGAAAUGUUGUGUUUAUUCUCUUUCCUUGGAAUCUCAUUUUACUUCAUUUUAUCUAUAUUUAUCUAAUACUGUUUCCUUGGAUUAAACUGCAGUGAUUUAGAAGGUCUUAAGACUACUUCAGUUCGUAGUGCGUACAGUGACCCUGAUCAACCUCCUGAUGUUUGUUAUUUAAAGUCCGAUGUAGAACAAAAGUAAGUCUAUCAGUAUAAUAGCAUUUUGUGUUUUUAAGUUUAUGAUUAUUAAACUUAAAAACACAAAUGCAUCAUUGAAUCUACGAUUAAUAGCUUGAAGUAAUAAUAGAUAAAGAGGUCAAUUAAACAUGAAGAAGAUCAUUGCAGUUGUAGACACAACUUUAGCAGCUGCAAAACUAAAGCCUGAAAAAUCCAGGUUUAUACAGGAUUCAUACACUUGAUGUCUGCGGUAUACUAGUCAGGAGCGGAGCGUAUUCUUUUAUUUCCUGAAAACAUUUUUGUCAUUAACUUGGUAUGAUUGAUUAAUCUUUCGCAUUCAAAAAUUAUUGGUGUCUUUGCCCAUCUGAAGGGUACAUGUCUCGCCCUUUGCUGUCUUUGCUUGUAACCUACUUAUGUGAUGGCGUAACUGUUUUACCCUUUUUUUCCGUACAGUACCUUACCAAAAACACUAGAGAAGUAAAAUAAACGAGGAAAUAUUGCAUUUUCCUUCAUUUUUAUCUACUGAAAAUGUCCUUGGGAAAAACGAAGGAAAUAGCAUUUCUGAGCCCCUAAAUUUGAAAAAAAAUACUGGGGGACCAUACCCCCAGACCUCCCUGGUCUGGAGUACCUUCCACGGUCUAAAUAUGUGCAUACAUGUACAUUGUAAAAAUCUCACCCUACGCCCCUGCUAGUACAGUACUUUUACCAAUAAGGAGCUAACAAGCCAACUGCUUUAAAGCAGGUAUAAGAAUAAGCAUGAUAUGGGUUAAUUAAGUCCUGUUACCAAGCCCAUUUAAACCCUUUUUUAAUGAAAAGUUUUAUGUACAAUAUAUCAUCACGCUGGCAGAUUUUUUAAAUCCACUCUAAUGGGUGCUUAAGCACUAAUAAAUAGAAACAACAACGAAAAUGUCCUUCAUAUGAUCACAUCACCUUUUUGCUAUAUGAAAUUGUGAAAAUAUUCAGGACUGUUUUUUUAAAAACAGUAAACUUUGUAACCUACAGGGCUUAUGAAGUCUGGGGAGGCCCUGAAGGUCUGGCAAAAGAGAUCUGGGACAGGAAAAAGGCAUAUGAAGAAAGUGAACGUUACAGAAAAGGUAUUUGAAGGGCUUUUAAAAAAGUCUUUUUCAUCAAGGGUCACAUUUGUGUGCGAGGGGAGCUUUAGUGUUCAACACCAUUGUGUACACUGUUAUUUUGUAGGUCUAGGAGCACUUAUAGGCCAUUUAAAGAAAACAAUAAGGGAUCAUUCUAAGAAGAAGGAAGAAAACAAGGUAUUUAUAACUCCAUCUGUGUUUGGUUUUUAACCACACAAUUUACAAUGACUGCCAAAUAAAAUAAAAACUGAAUUCUGACAAUCUUGAAAAACUGCAUGGUUUUAUAUUACCCCUGUUUGUUUGAAAACAAAAGCCAUGCUGACAUUUUACGAUUCAUCAUUUUUUUACAAAUUUGAGUGUCUUUGUAUUCUUUCUCUUGAGGUACAGAACAUUGAAUUCUUGAAACCUAUUUACAUCAUACAUUAUUUGCUAUUUUAGAUUUGAUUUGUUUUGUUUCUAAUAUUGUAGCAAUUUGGUGAAAGAACAGAGAGAAAUAUGAUGUUAAGAGGCUCUGCUAAAGUUGUGACUUACGCAAUUUGCAGGUAUUUGUGGAUGACUGGUUCUGCUGGUUUAGUACCAGCUUCAGCUGUCAAAGUUAAAUUGAUAUAAAUACUUUUUACAAGAAGAUUGAAGAUGACUUGCUACUUUGUAAUUUGUAUUUAUUUUUUGUACCUCUACUUUUUGCAAUAACUUUUUAAUGUUAUUGGAAGAGGAUUGUGAUUGUGACUAAAAAUAUAAUCAGCAAGUAGAUUUAUCAUAGAUGAUAACGGUCAAAAUUAAAUUCAGGUUAACAUACAACAUAUACACCAAACUAGGAUCAUGCAUUAUUUUGAUUUUUUUCUAUUUCUCACAUCUUUGCAAAAAAGUUUUGAACUCCCACGGAAGGGUUUCCAAAAUUAGCCUAACUGGCAGAUUCCUGCAGGAGAUUACUACAUUAUAACAAUAUUUUAUUUACAAAUGCUUGGGAAUGGAUUAAGUGUUUUGACCAAUGCUACUUAGUGACAUUGGGGAUAUAUUUUUAUUUAUGCAUAUGCUGAAGAGCAGAAAGAAAUAGGCUUGACUUUUUCUAUUCUUCCUACUCCGAGAGGUGGUAAAUGCAGGUUUAUAUUUUAAAAUACAUGUAAUUAGGGUAAUGUUAAUUCUAGGUAAUUUUUUUUAUUGAUUACUGUAGCAUGUAAGUUUGUUUUUAAUACUGGUGAAUAAGCAAGAAUUCUUGUUUUCCUUUUCAGUAACUUAGCUGUCAUGCUGUUUAAGUUUGGUGCAUAUUUGUACACUGGAUCAGCAACCAUGCUGUCAGAAUCUAUUCACUCACUGGCUGACAUGUUAAACCAGGUAUGUAUUACCUACAAAGAGUGGUGUACAUGGUUGCAAGUUGUUGACAGUUACUUUAUCAGAGCAGGGGGUUAGGAACCACUUACAAGGACAGUGAAUCUAACACAGUGAAUGGAAACCUGACACCUGUGUCUGUACCCUCUAAUAUCUGUCAUUCUUGCCUACGAAUAAAUCACCUUUUCAUAACAGUUACUAAUGACAGAGAGAUCAUUCAAUUUUUCUAAACACCACUUUUCAAAAGUAUAGCUAUCAUGACCUUUACACCUAAGAGAGAAUUUUACCUGUGAACUUAAAGGUCAGGACAUAAAAAACAGGCAGUUGUCUGCGAGCAGUAAUUUUAUGAGAGGCAUAUUUUAUUUCAGUGCCUGUUAGCUGUCGGUAUUUUGCAGUCCAUCAAGAAACCAUCUCCAGAUCAUCCGUAAGUCACCAAGAAGCUUCCAGGCACUUCUUUAAUGUCACCUGAAUAAUCAGGUGACAUUAUUAUCAUACUUUAAUAAACCAUAAUUAAUUUUGAUCAUUUUAAGGAGAGUGUGUGAAAAUCUUAAGUAUCUACAAAUCUGUAAGGAUGUUUGUAUCAAGUGAAAUGUACAUUUGAAAUUGUAAAGCAAAAGAUAUAGUGUAAGUUUAGUGGUGUUCAUUCAUAAGGUCAUGUUGUGAGAUCUGGGGUACUGUGCUACUACAGGUAACUUCUGAUUUCAGAUAGAGAAGUUUUCACUUGACUGUCGCAAGGGAUUGGUUUUGGUUUUGGUUUUGGUUUUACUACGCCCUUUGGUUGGCUAGUGUAUUUACUCUGGUUUUGGUUUUACGACAGUCAAGUGAAAACCGCUCUAAUAUGAUGGAUUGUGGAAUUUUAGUAAAGCAAUAAUUAAACACUCAUUUUCUUAUUCUAUUUUGACACAUAUCAAACUCAUUUUUCAGAUAUGGCUGGUCUAGGGCUCGAUACGUAUAUUCACUUAUCAGUGGUGUUGGGAUUUUCUUCCUUGGAGCUGGUGUUACUAUGUACCAUGGUAUUACAGGACUCAUAAACCCUGCUCCACUGGAAAAUCUUGCAAUGGUGAGUUGUUACAGUAUCACACUAGAGGAGAUGGUCGUUUGGACAGCAAACAGAAUGUGGACAUAUGACUUUUUUUGACAGUUAACUUUAAUUCCAAACUGCUUUUAAUUAAUACUAACCUGUCCUUUUUUAGAACAAUAAUGUUAAAUAUUAACAGACAAAGAAGUGAAACACAGGCUAAGUAAGCCUCACAUGAAAAGAUUUGGCUCCUUUUUCAGUGUACUCUGUAGAUGGUCUUUGAAAGGUAGCAAAGUUUUCAUUUAAGGGUUCAAUCUUAUCACUCAAAUCUCCUGCAGCCGUGUUCUUUCUAACUUUCGGCAUUUUUGUGUACCACAGGCCUAUACUAUUCUGGCUGGAUCGUUCUUAGUGGAAGGAGGUUUGUUGUGUAAAAUUUUUUUGUACCGUUCAUUCGCGCAAAAUAAUGGUUGAAGAAUUUAAACAGAUUUGGAGUGGGGUCAGAUCUAGAAUUGUUUUUUAUACGUGUAUAUUUUCAGUUGGCUACAGUAAUCACAAGGUGUUUUAGACAUUUGUUAAGUUUGUUUUCAGAAAAUAAGUAUUUUGUGACAUUUUUUCUUGCACUUACGAACUAAAGUCCUGUUUAGCGUUUGAAUGUACGAUAAUUGUUAAGUCUACUAAUAAACCGAUAAAUUUUUUCAAUCAUACAGUGUAUUUCACUGAUUUACUGUGCCGUUGUUCUGUUUAGCCACACUGUUGCUAGCUAUAGCUCAAGUCAGAAAGAGUGCGCGGGAAAGUGGCAUGUCAUUCAGACAAUACGGUGAGUACUCAGCUCGCUCUUGCUAGGUCUUCCAAAGUCUCCAAAGCCUUUUUACGGUAUGCGGCUCCCGGGAUGCGACUAUCAGCAGGAUCUAAACGUUUCAGUUAAGGAUAUAUUUUGAGUCAUAAGUAUCACUCUUAUACGGUUGUUUCUUGUUGACCAAGUACGGCAUAAGUAACGAUCGACUGUUUUGAUAAUUGAUUUCUUAAAUAUAAUGAUUUUUAAGUAAGCUGUAGGACAUGGAAUACGUACGGUAACCCGCUAACGAGAUCUCUAUUUUACAUUUAGUUGUACGGGGUCGAGAUCCAAGUGCAGUAACAGUUUUAUUGGAAGACGGUGCUGCUGUAACCGGAGUUAUUCUUGCUACAGGCUGUCUUGGCUUGACAUCUUACACUGGCAGCACUGUGUUUGAUGCAAUAGGGUCAGUUUUAAUAGGAGGUAUGUCAGAUAAAAUUCACAUCCGAUGAACUACAUCAUCGCUUUGUGCCUACCACCCUGCUUUUGACAAUUUGUUUUCUUUUGAUUCAUUUUUUCUGUCUCUUCGUUUUGCUACUUACUUACUUACUCUCUUGGUGUGCUUCAGGGCUUCUUGGCUCAUUUGCAGUAUUUCUCAUUGGCAGAAACGCGGACUUUCUGAUCGGAAGGUACCUUUUAAAAUUGCUGAACUUCCGAUUGGCCAUUUUCUUUAUACGCUUAAUAUGGCUUAUAGCACAUGCGGUUAUUCCACAUGUAUGUUUGUCCUUGCACUUUUCAGGUCUAUUCCAGUCAACAGAUUGCAGCAAAUUAUUGAAGUUCUAGAAAGCGACAUAGUAGUAAGGUAAGUCGCCGUGUCUUGUAUGAAUCUAUAUGUUGUGGUUCGAUUUUGUCCUUGGUUUAAUUUUUAUGUUCUUUUGUUUUGGGUAUGGUAAUGUAUGGUAAUGUUUGAAACAAAAGCAAAUAAAACUUAAACCAAGGAUAAAAUUGAACCACAACAUAUUUCUCAUAUUAAGCGACCAGUCCUCCACCUCCCCUCAGCAAUCUCCCUUAGGCAACAUCAGAGUGACCGACUGACACCUCUAACGAAAACUCCUGCAUGUAAGAUGGACACCAGUUAAGUCAAACAUUUCUGUCAGACAGACACAAUAACAGCCUUAUUAGCCUGUAGCUCCUUUUCAGUUUUUCUUGGGCGGGGAUAUUUAGAAUUAGCUCAAUACUUUCAGAAACAGGAUCAUUUUAUGUCUCGACUCCACUGUUUUGUAUUUUAUAAUAGUACAAUAUGUCUCCUUAUAGAGCAGAUAUCGUCUGUUAUUUCCAUUUUCUAUUAGAUCCAUACAUGAUGUGAAAGCCACUGAGUUGGGUGAGCAUUACAACUAUGUACAAUCGCGCAUUUUUGUUUUGUUCUGUUGAUAUACCUUUUAGCUCUUGUCUCUGACAUCACGUCGUUACCUCUAUUCAGCUGUGAUAUGAUGACGAUAAUUGUGCCGUCCUACAGGUGCAGACGUAGUUCGAUUCAAGGCGGAAGUAAAUUUUGAUGGACGAGAAAUAACUCGCUGUCAUCUUAACAGAGUGGAUAUGGAGUUGUUGCUGGAGGUAAGCUUAUCUUUGUCUGUUGAAGGUGUUUAGAUCCUAAGGAAAGCAAGAAGUAUUAGGUUUUGGCAGGGGAUAGGAUAGCUUCGUUUUUGAGUUUCCGCCAUAAGUCCCAUCUGCUUCUGCUUCACCCUUGAAACUCUUUACCCCGUUUGUUUCUCUGACUUCUUUGUCCUGUAACUGCCAUUACUGAUGGCUUUCCUACCUGCAUGGGACGAACAUUUCGCACUCCCUGCAUUAGGUCACAACUGUAUCAUGCAGACUGAUACCAAAAGGCUAAGAGUCUUCUAAGAAAGUAGGACUGUGGGUUUAAUGUGGAGUACUAUCCAAAUUAAAGCGCCAUUCUUUAGAUGCUUGAAACAGGCUCUAGUAAAACUAAAUGUUUUCAACUCAUAUGAAUUCAUCUUCGGACUCGUGAUUGCAGGAAGUUCAGAAGUUGACAACAGUACCGGAGCUAGAGUUGUUUCUUUUGGAACAUGGUGAAGAAGUAAUCGAUAUGUUGGGUCAACAAGUGGAUAGAAUAGAGAAAAAUAUCAAGGUAAUGUAACUAGUCACUAUACAUGCGCUCGUGUACGGACCGGCGCACGCGCCUCCUGCAAGUGACGUCUCAGUGUCAAUUACGUAUUCUUACGGUCUUCUCUUCAAAUUACACUGAAGAUGGAUUAUAAACCCGAAUAAUCCGAAUCUACAACCUGACAAUUACGACACUUAUUGAUAUUCUCGUUUACAAUGUAUCAAUCCUGUCAGUUAUCCUUAAUAUAUUGCAAAUGUCAUGCAUCAAAACGAAGUUUUUGUCCAGAAGUUUUCAACGUAAAAUGCAAAUUGAUUUGAUAAGGGUGGAGCAAAAAGGAGGGCUCACAAUCCCCACCUCGGCGGCAAAUCAUUUAAAACUUUGUCACACCGCUGGAAGGUAGUCGGUCAUGGCUUAUCGUUAGAAACCAUUCCAACUGAAUCAAGUGACUGCUAAAGCAUGUAAAUAGGUUUUCGCUUAGUAGCAGUCAACUGCAUCGCUAAAAACCAAAUUUUUCAUCUUUCGUCCUCAGAAAAGAAACCCAGAAGUACGUCACGUGGACUUGGAGAUUCUUUAACACAGUUUUUUGUGGAAUGAAUGUGGUUUGCUCUGCAGUUCCGUUGGUGCACUUUGUUUUGAGAAUUCCUAAGCAGUUGUGUCUUGUUCCCUUAAUCUCUGGACAAAAAACGCAGUUGUUACUGAACUUGGAAUAGUCAGCAUGUAGGUCGUUAAGGUCACUCACGCGGCCAUUACUCAAUUGAUGCCUACGUCGUCGGCGAUCAUUUUGUCUUCAUUUGGGCAAUGCAAGACUUGUCGUCCUGCUCCACGCUGGAAGAUUAUUGCCACUUAACACGCAGCUGAAACAUCAGUGGUUACGAUUUAGUUGACUCUUGGUGGAUGCUUCAGUUUUAGUGCACGGCGCUAGUAUCAAUCUCUUGUGGGACUUUCUCAGACCUCUCUGGAGAUGCAAAUUAAACACAUCUUUAUGUUCAGAUCACUUUUUGGUGCCUCUCACUACUUGCAGCUUGUAUCCAAGUUUUAUCAGACGUUUUUAUGAGAAGCAAUGGUUUAUCCUGUUCAUAUAAGUGUUGGGGGUUGUGUGGAACAGUACUCGCCCAGCCGAUAGUACCGAGUGCUGGGUACCAUGCCUCUUGCACGGCUUCUAUCCUCUUUUAACUAUAACUACUCACUGACAAACCCAUUACUAGCGAAUGAAACAACAAACGUGAGAACUUUCCAUUGCAUAUUUUGUGGCUUAACUCAGUUGUGGAGAAUAGAACAGUCUACGAUGUCGUUAUUGGAAAGACCUUAGAGCCUGAUAAUGGGACUCAUUCAGUUGCAAGUACCAAAGAACUAAUUAAAUGCUAGCGGCAAUAAAACUGUUCGUUAGGACUUAACAUACAAACAACAUCAAUAGGAACGGCUCAAGGUCAGCUAUUAUCCCCGAACAAAGAACUACAAAGAACUACAUUUAAGUUUAACAAAUCCUUAAGACAGUCAAUACUCUGACUCAAAAAACAGGCUCAGAACUGUCUCUAAUCCUGAUCAAUGUGGGCUAAACCGGCACUGAUUCAUUGCUGACCUUGGACUGACUAUGAACUGUUUAUUAAGAACUGCUGCCCAGCAUCUACUACAUCCGGAUACCCUUUGCAUAAGAAAAAACCUAAAAAUACCAAUCAUCAAAAAACAAAAUUAAAAGUAACUACUUCAAAAACAUAAGUAUAUCUAUGUGUUGCUUGACUUUCCGAAUUUACUUUGUCGCUCGGUCUGACGAAAAUAUCCCCACUGAACACUCGUUAGUGACAUUGAACUUAUAGAAUUCUAGUAAAUCAAUUUUCCUUUGCAAUGUAUGCAGCAUAAAGAUCCCACACUCUCAAACAGACAACUAUUGAUUUAUAAAGGAGUAUAGAUCAGUAUCAACAUAUUCUUCGGUGUUUUUGCAAUUAAAACAAGCGGGUAUUUUAAGUAACGUCGAUCGAAAAUGCGAUUGUAUAAUAUACAUUUCUUUUAUUUUAAAAAUUGGUCUAUUUUACGAAGCGAAGGUUAAAUGAUAACAUAUAUACUUAAGCUAUAUACACAUUGAACAUAAAGAUGAUAUUAGAUUGCAAACUAUUAAGGAAAUGAUUAAAUUUGUCCCAUUAGAAAGGCGCCAUUUUUCUUAAGUGAACUCUUUUUUCCUUUUUAAAAGUUAUAGUUGUUUCUGUUCGAAAUCAC